UGGUGAUGGUCAUUGACUGGGAAGGUUACUAUUUCAGAAAUCAAAUGAAUUAGAACUUAAGGUGGCAUGGGAUCGCUACAUGGAUGCAAAUGAUCAGUGGAAAGACACUGAGGCUCGAAAACAAGCUAAAGUUGACAGCAAGAGUGGUCUUCUAAAACGUAUUGAAGAGAAGGAAAAUGAACGUGAUUCAUUUGAACUGCAAAUUUCUAACGUGAAUCUGACUGACAUUGAUGAGAAAGAAAAGGACAUGAAAAUUAUGGUUGAGAGAAAGGCAAACCAACUUGCUGAAAGGAAAUUUGACUCAACUAGACGCCAGAAGCAGACAGAGAUAUAUACUAUUGAGCAGGAAAUUAAAUCUCUUAAUCGUGAGAAAGAUAUCAUGGCUGCUGAUUCUGUGGACAGAGUUAAACUGUCUUUAAAAAAGGCAGAGUUGGAAAAUCACAAAAAAAAGCAUAAAAAGAUAAUGGAUGAAAUCAAAGAAAGAGUUAAAGGAGUGCUAAAAGGAAGGCUUCCUCCUGACAAGGAUCUGAAAAAAGAAAUUGCUCAAGCCCUAAGGUUGUGUUAAUGUUAACCGAUGUUUCAUUUUAAGUUGGUAAUAUCU